UUUGAGGGCGUUACCCGGGAAGACAGUCAAUGUUAUUUCAUCAGCCGACACAGCAUGUAGCACCAACACUUUCUAUGAAUACCCUUUUAAAAUUUAUUUCUUACUUCAUGAUAUUAAGACGCGUUUAUAAAUCUAGCGACCCGAGACCGAAGAACUAGGUGCAAAGAACUGAAGACAAAAAUGAUGCGCUUGUCACCGCAGUCUGUCAUAAAUGGACCAUCUGCCCGGUGUGAUGCAAGACUGCAAGAUGGUGCAGAAGUCCUGAAUUCAACAGUGAAGGCUCUAAAGGAUGGGCAAGUUGUGGCUGUGCCAACGGACACAAUAUAUGGGCUGGCUUGCUUGGCUCAAAAUUCCAAUGCCAUCAAAAAGGUGUAUGACAUCAAAGGACGUAAUGGUCAGAAACCGCUGGCUAUUUGUUUUGGAGAAAUCAAAGACAUUUACAAGUACUGUAAGGUGUCAGUCAAGAAAGAGCUGAUAGGGGACCUGUUGCCUGGCCCUGUCACUCUGGUUCUGGAACGAGCUGAAGUACUCAACACUGACCUCAAUCCCUUCACUCCGUUAGUAGGAGUGCGCAUCCCGGACCAGACCUUCAUGAGACGCCUCUGCCAGAUUCGGGAACCUCUUGCCCUCACCAGUGCCAACAUCAGCUCACACUCCAGCACUGUGGCUGUACAUGAGUUCCAGGAUCUGUGGCCUCAGCUAGCAGCAGUGGUGGUGGAUUGCAGGCCAAUAGAAGACAAGAGUCGGUUGGGGUCAACAGCGGUCGACCUGUCGGUGUUAGGCAAAUACCGCAUCAUCAGACCUGGCUGUGCCUUCUCUUCCACCGUUCAUGUGCUAGAGCACAAAUAUGGACUGUCAGAAGACACAGGAUGAGUGAGGUUUGCCCCCUUCAAAUUCAUACCACAUGCUGAAAUGUACAACCAGCAAGAACCUGUACUUACCGUGGCCAAAUACAACUCUGAAUGAUGGCAAUGCCUGCAACGCUGAGGCGAGUGAUGAUAUCAAAAUCACUCAUCUUUCUAAAGGAAGGACGGUCCUUUUGCACAUUGCAUGCUAUUGUGGAACGCUCUGGGUUUCCUGUGAAACUUAAGGGAUUUGUUUUUGUCUUUUUGGGUUAUUAGCUGUCCAAGCGUUGUUAUUUCUAUGGGAAAACCCUGGGCACUUAACUCAGUCUUUGCUUUACAAAUGUACUUUAUUGUGUGGUAACUAGGUUGUUUUACUUAAGCAUGCUUACACCCAACAGAAGACCCCACUCUUGCCUCCUCUCUAGUGGGUCAAAAUGGCAGACUUGGCACAGAGUAACGGCUGGCGUUCUACCCUGUUACUGUCAUUUCUUUUAGUUAUGACUAGGUUAAGCAAAGAUACUAUUUAAUUGUAAUAACUCGUGUCCAUUUCAGGCAUUUCAAAAUCAAGUCCUGUGGUUUUUAUGAACUGAUCUUUGGGUUUCAGGGAUGUGAACAUUGUGUAAAUGCAUUUUAUUUUCAUGGAGAAUUUAUUUAACCAUUUUCGAACUGUAAAGCUGCAUUUACACAGGCACCCCAAUUCUGAUCUUUUUUUCACUAAUUGGUCUUUUGACCAAUCAGAUCAGCUCUGAAAAAGAUCUGAUGAGAAAAGAUCUGAUGUGAUUGGUCAGACCAAUUGGUGGGGGGGGGAAAUAUCAGGAUUGGGCUGCGUGUGUAAACGCAGCCUAUGAGCUGUGAUCUAGUGUAUUAUUGCUCAACGGUUGUGAGUACCUGAUUACUGGUUUGUAUAAUAGACCAAUGAGCGUAUGUUGUUGACAAUAAAUGGCAUGCAUUAUGCAGAUCAUGA